CUCCGUGCGGUGUAGCAGGUCGGUAGGCGGGAAAUGGCGACUGGCUGCUGAGCGGCUGCGGAGCGCGGAGCCCCGGCGGCGGUGUAAACACAGCGGCGCCCGGCGCGGCCCGGCCGCCGGGGGAACCCGGACACCGGGGGCCCGGCUCCCCGGCACCCCGCACCCGCAAGCUGCCUAGGAUAAUAUGAUUUUGCUUUACAUGUGGUACACAUGAAAAUGAGGCUGAGAACGCGGAAGGCUUCUCAGCAAUCAAAUCAAAUUCACACACAACGUGCUUUGAGGGCAAAGAGGAAACAUUCAGAAGUGGAGGAGAGCUUACCUGUUGGCGGAGGAAAACCACAGAAAAAUGAAACUGGCUUGUUGUCUUCAAUCAAAAAGUUUAUUAAAGGAAGCACACCCAAGGAAGAAAGAGAAAAUCCUGCAAAAAGAAGUAGAAUUGAACGGGAUAUAGAUAACAACUUGAUUACAUCCACACCUCAAACAGGAGAAAAGCCUAAUAAACAGAUCUCUCGAGUACGACGGAAAAGUCAAAUGAAUGGAGAAGCUGGAAGUUAUGAAAUGACAAACCAACAUGUAAAGCAAAAUGGAAAAUUAGAAGAUAAUCCUACCACUGGCAGUCCCCCACGAACCACGUUACUGGGAACCAUAUUUUCCCCUGUUUUCAAUUUUUUUUCACCAGCAAAUAAAAAUGGAACAUCAGGAUCCGAUUCUCCAGGACAAGCUGUUGAGGCUGAAGAAAUAGUCAAACAGCUUGAUAUGGAACAGGUAGACGAGAUUACUACAAGUACUGCAACAUCAACCAACGGAGCAGCUUACACUAGCCAAGCAGUGCAGGUCAGAUCGACUGUCAACAACGGGCUGGAGGAGGUGGAGGAAACAAAUGACCGCGACCUGCCGCCACUUACAGCACCAGUAUCUCCAGACAGUGGCUACUCAUCAGCUCAUGCAGAAGCCACCUAUGAAGAAGACUGGGAAGUCUUUGAUCCAUACUAUUUCAUCAAACAUGUUCCACCGCUAACAGAAGAACAACUUAACAGGAAGCCAGCUCUUCCACUGAAAACAAGAAGCACACCAGAAUUCUCAUUAGUUCUAGACUUGGAUGAAACAUUAGUGCACUGUAGUCUGAAUGAAUUAGAAGAUGCUGCACUCACUUUUCCAGUCCUUUUCCAAGAUGUCAUUUACCAGGUUUAUGUCCGGUUAAGGCCAUUCUUCCGAGAAUUCCUGGAACGUAUGUCUCAGAUUUAUGAGAUCAUUCUUUUUACUGCUUCUAAGAAGGUGUAUGCAGACAAGCUGUUGAACAUACUAGACCCUAAAAAGCAACUGGUCAGGCAUCGACUUUUCCGCGAGCAUUGUGUUUGUGUACAAGGAAAUUACAUAAAGGAUUUGAACAUUCUUGGUAGAGAUCUUUCAAAAACGAUCAUAAUUGACAAUUCACCGCAAGCCUUUGCUUAUCAGCUUUCAAAUGGAAUUCCUAUAGAAAGCUGGUUCAUGGAUAAAAAUGACAACGAACUCCUAAAAUUGAUUCCAUUUCUGGAGAAACUUGUAGAGCUGAACGAAGAUGUCCGACCUCACAUCAGAGACAGAUUUCGCUUGCAUGACUUGCUACCCCCAGAUUAAAGCCUUUUGUCUAAUUGCUGAAGGGGGAGAAAAUGCAGGACCCUUUUGGACUAAAACAAAACAUUGCCAUUACUGUUGAAAUUUUGCAUUUUUGUACCCCGUCUUGCUUUUCUUAUCUUUGGUGCCCAACAGUAAUCAAGGGUUACAGAAAGAGACUUUAUAUAUCUGAGAUUGAAUACAUUCAGUACAAUACAGUACAACGCAGUAGGUAGGCUAGAACAGAAAAGUCUUUAGAACUAGUGCAACUCCAAUGAAAUUUUUUUAUGUACAGGACAUCUGCAGUUUAUAAAGAAUUCUGUUUCUGCCACCAGCAGUUUGACCUGUAGAAACACAGGAUUUUAUGAAAUAACAGAGAUUGAAAAUGGACUCUUAUUUUCUCUCUGUUCGGUGCUCUAAGUGGGUUUGUAGCCACUUUUCUGUUACUUUUAAGAUUCUCAUUUCAACAGGAAUGGCCAGUAAAAGUUGUUUUAUUUUUCCUGUUAAGGUUUAUAACCUUUUUACAUUUUUGACCUGUAUUAGAUUAGAAUUUCAUUAUGCAUUCCUUUUAGUUGAGGCGCUUCAUAGUUUUUCUGGAAAUAGCCAAAUUUUCUUAGUUUUUUAUUAAACAGUUGGAUGGCCGUUUUCCUGCUUCGUCUGCCUGCAUACUGUAUAUUUGUUUAAAAAUAUUCUCUAGUUUUAGUCCACGUAAGUUUCAUUUAGAAAGAAAAACCCCGCAUUUAUAUUUUCUUUCUGUAAUAUUCUACUGUAGUUGAAAUCUUUUCAAAAAUCAAGAGACUGGCUAGAUAAGAAGAAUAUAAGAAUUACUAAUAUUCAGAAUAUUUUAAACCAUUGUGAUGGCAUGUACUCUGGACAGACGAUAUCUUGCAGUGGCACAAACAACUGAUGGACAAGGAAUACCUCAGACUAUGCUGUGCACGCAGAUCUUGAAAGGAGAACUAGGUGGGUCACCUCUUAGGCUUGAUGCAAUCCGAUUACUGCUGCCUUCUGUUUCCUCCAAGAUUGAAGUAUUCUGCACAGUGGCUCAGUAUUUUAAGGUGGUUUGCAUGGGCUGGUGGUACCUCUGUGACACUCGGCGUUACAAUCAGUUUUACACUCGGGGUGACAGGAGGGUACCCGGCAGUAACUGUGCAUAAUCCUGUGGUACAGAACACUCCCCGCCACCGCGCAGGCAGCCUGCUCUCAGAGGGGUUUUCUAUGCUAUAUGGAAAUAGUCUUUCAGCCUUGGUUCUCUAAUGCAGCUACUACAAGAGGUGGAUAUUUUUAUAAUGGUGUGUAAUCUCCUUUUCAGGAGGCUUUUUAUGGAAGGUAUAAUUUGUAAAAGUUAGGAUGCUUUGCCUCUCGACUGCAUUAACACGCCACAGGCUCAGACUGUUUUUGUGUAAAAGAUGUCACAGAACGGCACUUUUUCUAAAGAGAAGUUUGAUAUUUUGUAUGCUUGUUAAGAAAGUACAGUAUUGGAAAUUAAAGGUGGACAACUGAUAAUUGAGAAGUAUGUCAAUUAAUUUUUUAUGUAUAUUACCUGUUUACUUGUACAAUUUUAUUGUACAAAUUACAUGCAGCUUCAUUUUCAAAUGAGUCCUUAAAAUAAGGAAAAUCUUUUUAGGAAAACAUUUAAUUUUUGUAUUUUUGAUUUUAAAAGGCAUGAGUUAUGUCAACUUUUUCCAGUGUAUUAAUGAAGAUUUUAACUUUUCAUCAGGUUGAGUGUUUUCUUACUAUAUUAUCUGUUGUGUAUGUAGCUAGCACAUUGUGUCACUGAACUGUUUAAAAAAAUUAGCAUGUAGAGCAAGCCUGUUUUGUGGAAAAUCCUUAUUCAUUAAAAAAAAAAAAAAAAUCAUCAUGGCAGAUUUUCUGCAAAAAAGUGAAAACAUUUGCAAUUCAGAAUACUGAUUUUUUUUGUAUUUAAAGAAAGGUAUUUUGCUUGCAGGAAAGAAAUACUACAGAUUCAUUUUAAUGAGAAUCUUUUAAAUGUAUUUAUCUUUAGGGCAUCUGGGCAUCUUUACGCUGUUUGUCUUAUGUCUUUAUUGAAAUAAAAUGUACAUAACAUUACCUUUAUAUAUGCUUUUGCGCAGACGUGUGAACCCUGUAACCAUCCCCGUUCCUUCCUGGUUUUAUGUCGAUAAGAUGGUUCUGGAAAUAUUUAUAGAUUUUGAAAAUGGUCAGCUUGUAUUUGAAUUGCUACAUGGUUUGCCAACUAUUUUUUAGUUGUUCGUUAAAAUGUACAUCUAAAUCUGAGAUUUUUCAUCAGUUUGACAGUGAAUCCUUGUUUAAUGUGGAAUUCUUCCAAAUUUCUCCAAGUAACUGACACAAUAGAACUGCUUGAAAACUCACUAGUCUACCAGAAUGAAACGAUUUUUGUUAAGUAGCUCAUCGCUUUUCUCUGACUGUAAAAAGAGAUGAUCAUCUGUUCAAAUAAUGUCCUUAAACACCUGGGUCCUAUCUUUGGCUAAAACCAUUCUAAAAGUGCUUUCUUUAGUUAAGGAAACCAAAGCAUACAUUGCACUUUACAGCUGUAUCUGUGUUGUGAUGAUCAGAUCAGUGAGGGAAAUCAAAAUGUAAAUCGAGGGAUUUAGUUCUACAUAGAUGCACAACAAAAAUAACAGAGACUGCUUAGUAAACAUAUUAAAUAUUAAUAUUUUAAUGUGCUGCAAGUCUGGUAUUUAUCAUUCUGAACUUCCUUUGCAGAAUGAGUCUACCUUCUUCAAACUGUAAGUUCCUAAAAACGUCAAACACUUCUGGCAGAAACGGUCUUUGCAUGGAGCAAAGUUGUAAUCCGUCAGGUUUUAUUUUUGUCUUAUUAGUCUCGAGGGUGAGACUUAACUGUUUCCCUGCCGUGAGUCUGGAUCCCACUGUGCCCGCCCAAACUGGCACUGACAACCGGGGGAGCCUCAGCUCUGUGCAUCGCUCGAGUCGGGAGUGUAGAACUGCGCAACUCGAGCAGUUCAUCUUGGAGCUGUGUCAUUUCUUCCAAUUUGAUGUAUUUUUAGAAAACACAACAUCCUAUUUCCAAAGUUCUUGAUGAUUUCGCUUGCGGUCUCUUGCUUGAUCGUGGUAAUUGUGUGUUAAUUUUACAUGCCCACGUGUAUUCUGUUCUAGGUUUGAGCGUUCUUGGUUCUGACAGCAAAGUAAUGUCUUUCAUACUUAUUUUGGUGAUACGUGUUCGAUCUUUUGGUUUUUCCUUAAGUUGCUAUUGAGCUAGAAUGGCAUUCACCUCGGUAUUAUCGGCUUCCUUUCCACCUUCGUCUCAUUUCAGCUUCCAUCUGUGCAGGAAAAACCAUUUUUUUCAUUACUUUUGAAAUGUAUCAGAAAGCCUGCAUGUUUCAAGACCUGAUCCAAAAUCCCCCAAACCGAGAGCGCUGUCAACCCGAGGCGCGCUGGGGAGACCUCUCUGCUUUAACCAAAGCACUUCGGGUCUCGGAACUGCUCGGGUGUGCGAGCGCUGUGCCCUCGCCCAGCCGCGGGUCUUGCCCACGGGGGAGUUCCCGGGCGGUCGCGGCCGGCACGGCAUCGCGCCCGCGGGGCGGCGGGACCAGGAGGCAGCGGGUGAGGAGCAGGUGGAAAUCUCACCAACCCCUCUGCCACCGGCAGAACAGCAACGCGGGCCCGCGGGCUGAAACCGCCUUUAGCAGCGGAGCUUGCCCAGACACACACAAAUACUGUGGCUCUACUGAGUAAAUACCCACAGUCCUUUAUUCUUCCUCCUGGUUCUGGCUUCCUUACAGCAUCGCGUUGCAAAUCGCACCCUUUAUUCUUGUCUAAACCCACUUGAAUCAACCACGUAUCGUUCGUAUAUUGAAGUAGAUGAUGAGAUUCAUAACUUCGCAAUUUAUACGAAAUCUAAGGCGAGCCCCUGCCUGGGGCAAGACGCCUUUUACGGCCGGGAGCUGUGGCUGCGGAGCCAGGCGCGUGGCCCUGGCUGUCCCUCCUCUUGCUCCAGAGCGAGGGCUGUACGCCCCAGCGGGGGCGGUUACAGAAGUUGACUGUGCCUUCUCCCGUGCUCCCGGCAUGUUCCGCUUGAAGGCCGUGGAGAGCGCACCUCUGCAAAGCUCAGAUGUCACUGUCACACCGCUGCUUGCGUAGUUGAAAUGAAUCCGGUACAGAUAGCUAAAUCAGAGCUUCAUAGAAUUCAAGAAGUCAAGGCCAGACCGUAAACUUGCACAACCUACAGUCAAUUUAAAAAACUUGUAAAACUGACAAUAGCUGCUGGUGUGAUACCAGCUCAGUUGGACAAGUUUGUUCCAGCAGGUGCCAAGAGAAGCUAAUCACUUACAUUAAAAUAAUGUCUUCCACUGUAAGUAGAGCGUCAAGUUAAACAGUUUAUUUUUCUGGUAAAUGGACUUCUACGGAUCUAUGCGGCAAAGAUGACAGAUGGCACCUUUGGUCUGCAGUCGUGCCAGUCCCACGUUUCAUGCCAUUAAACGUCUUUCAACUCGUUAUCAGAGACCGAUUCGAGAAGAGAGAAAGCAAUCGCAGUCCCCCAGGCAAUGCGGGGAGCAUCGGACCGCAGUGCACAGCUGACUGUUGGCGGCCCUCGCCUCCCGAGAGCGAGGUAAAUGUCUUUGUUUUUAGAAGACAAAUGCCUCCCUCUUUCUGGGAGAACUAACCCGUCGCGGGCGUUCCGUCGGUAUCGUCAGGCAAAAAGAUUGUUUCGAGGCUUGGAGUUAAAAGGGCCCUGACAAGCCGCUCUGCGAACAGUGCGGGUUGGGGUGCGAGGGCUCCAGGAGAAGGGGGGUGGCAGCGGAGCUGCCCAGCAGCCGGGGCUGACCCCAGGCCGGGAGCUUUUCCCUCCUCCUUCCCCGCCGUGCCCGCUCCCCUGGGCCGGGGGCCGGCCCCGCCGCAAACCAACCGGCCACAGAAUGAAGGAAGAGGAAAAAGCGGGGUCGUGGCAGCGAGGGCUCCAGGCCUUGGAUCAGCUAAAGCUGCUGGGGAGCGAAGCUGUGUGGAGGUCCCCGGGAAGGCAGUUUUUCUGGAAACGGUCCUUGUCGCCUUCAACUCCUUCGGCUGGGGAACAGCGUCGCUGGGUAUCCUGACGGCGCUAACGGACUGCUCUCCAAGAUCUGCUUACACCAAACCCACGUCAUUUCAGCUUUGCGUCUCGGGCUCUUGAUACUUAAAUCAAAUCCUAAGCAAGUUGAUAAGAAGUAGCAUAGGCGCAUCAUUUUCUUAGCUAGCAGUCAUAAUUUUGUAAAAAAAAAUAUAAAUAACUAAAAAAACAAAACAACCACCAUUGGCAGCAAGCGUUUUUGUUUGGAAGCGAGCAAGGAUGGUCUGCUGAGGAUUAACUUGUAUAGAUUUUGUGAAGCACAUCACUAUUUUGGUUGUCUUGACUGUGUAAUGUAAAACUGUUUUGCUUUAUUUUUUUGAUACUUGGAAAAAUGUCAUUGUACUGAUAGGCUGAAUCUUGUAAAAUACAAUUGGAAGAGAACUCCUGUUCUACAAAUCUGUGUUUCUUCUGCAAUCAUUUCUAGUAUAUAGAAUCAUAAAGAUUUAUAUUAAAUAUUUA